CCAGUACCACACGCCUCCCUUCCCGGCUUCCCCCCCUCGCGAGACCCAGAUCGGCUGCCUGAUAGAUAACCCUAGCCUCUCCCUCCUCUCUCUCCCCUUCCCCUCCUGCUCUCGAUCUCUAUAAAAGACCCCAAAUUUCGAAUUCUUCCGCCAACCUCCCGACCCGCGCGCCUCUUCCCGCCCAUUCCACCCUCGAAUUUGCGCUGAUUUAGCUGGAUUAGUGCGCGGAGGCCUCGGAUUCAGUGAGCGAACUUUGGGGGCUGUGGUCAUGGCGGAGGCGGCACUGGAGGGGACUGAGCCGGUGGAUCUGUCCAAGCACCCCUCCGGCAUCAUCCCCACGCUCCAGAAUAUCGUGUCAACGGUCAAUUUGGAUUGUAAAUUAGACCUUAAAGCAAUAGCUUUGCAAGCACGUAAUGCAGAAUAUAAUCCAAAGCGUUUCGCUGCAGUUAUCAUGAGAAUAAGAGAACCAAAAACUACCGCACUGAUAUUCGCAUCGGGUAAAAUGGUAUGUACGGGAGCGAAGAGCGAACAACAAUCCAAGCUGGCAGCAAGAAAGUAUGCUCGUAUCAUUCAGAAACUUGGCUUUCCAGCUAAAUUCAAGGACUUUAAGAUCCAGAACAUUGUUGGCUCUUGUGAUGUCAAAUUUCCAAUUAGACUGGAGGGCCUCGCAUAUUCUCAUGGUGCUUUCUCAAGUUACGAGCCUGAACUUUUUCCUGGCCUGAUCUAUCGAAUGAAGCAACCAAAGAUUGUUCUUCUGAUUUUUGUUUCAGGCAAGAUUGUUUUGACUGGAGCAAAGGUGAGAGAAGAGACAUACACUGCCUUUGAGAACAUAUAUCCUGUACUCACAGAGUUCCGAAAAGUCCAGCAAUGAGAUAACUUACCUAAGUCACAACCAGAAAGUCCCUUGAGAUUUUGGUUUCUUGUGAGCUGCGACUGCUAACUUUAACUGUACAUAUAGUCUGGGGAAGCCGAUAGCAUCUUGUGAUUUAAAUGAGCUUUGGUGCAUGCUCACUCUGUUGUGGUUGAUUGGCCAUGUGGCGCCAGGGUUCGAGGCAUCUUAUCCAUUGGGUGUAAUCAUAUAGGUCUGUGUGAUCGAACUGCUGGUCAUCAUGGGUCUAUUUGGAGGAGAAUUUGCGUGACCUGCACAGAAGACAUGUGUUUCUCGUUGUACACUAACGGAACUUUGGGAAAUUUGCUCUAGUCUCUGUAUUUCUGCGUCAUAGGACUGUCUUUUCUGAGUACUUCCAGUGUGCGGCAUGGCGUUCAUUACUUGUGCUGUACAAUGAUGAGAAGGCUUACUGACAAAGUGAAGAUGACAUUGGGUAAUCUGUAUGUAGUACUGUACCUAUGCAACUGUCUGUAUGUCGCUUUUCUUAUGUACUCCGUACUAGAGAUGUUUCAUUAUUCUGUGA